UAAGUAGCACCAUGUCAUCGACUAAAUCUAAAAAGAAGCACAAAAUUUUGGAUCACGGAAAGCUAGGGGAGAUGGACAGCAAAACAAUAGAAUCAAAUAUCAUUCACAAUAAGCGGGAGAACAAUACAAAAUAUAAAACAUCAAAUGAAUAUUGGAAGGAAUACAAACAUAUAGGUAUUGUAUCCAAAAUACUUCUGUGUUUUGCUGUUGGGCCGAACUCGAAAACGAUUUUGUCUGUGGAGCGUGCCAAUGAGGAUUCUAUAACUUGUGUACACGGUUUGCGUGUUUAUUCGCUAUUGUGGACAAUUAUGGUACAUACAUACUUACAAUUAUUUGCAGUUGGAGAAAACAGAUAUGGGCGAAAAAUUACAGAGAGAUCGUUUACUUAUCAAGUAGUUGGAAACGCAACUUUCUCAGUCGACACAUUUUUCUUUAUCAGUGGCGUCUUGGUAGUAGUACUAUUUUAUCGAACAUCACAAAAUUUUAAAGAAGAAAGAAGCAACGAAAAACGAAAUUUUCGUGGUCAUCGUUUUCUACAAGAAAUUUCAAGAAUAUUUCUUUCAACACUAUACCGAUUUCUGCGAUUAACUCCUGCAUAUUUAUUUGUUAUUAUUCUCAAUGAGCUUGCAUUGAAAUGGACAUAUGGACGAUCAGUAUUUACACCUGGAAUUAUUGAUCAUAUUACGUGUCAUGAAUAUUGGUGGCGAAACAUACUAUAUAUCAACAAUUGGUAUCCGUUUAGUGAGAUGUGCAUGAUUUGGUCAUGGUACCUAGCAAACGAUAUGCAAUUUUAUAUUAUUGCUAUAAUUAUGUUGAGUCUUGCGGUACGAUAUUUCAAAACUACAACAUUCGUAAUGUUGCUCUUACUGGCUUGUUCUUGGGUAACUGGAAUCUUCAUCUCAAUCAAAUACAAUUAUUCUUAUAAGGUGGCAGAGCCAUUCGAAUCCUUCGAUAUUCUCUAUGAUAAACCCUGGCAAAGAAUUACACCUUAUAUAAUGGGCAUGUUAACCGGAUAUAUCUACUAUUUCAAAAAGACUCCUCCGAAGGUAUCCCGUAAGGUUAAUAUAAUGUUAUGGACAUUCUCACUUGCAACUAUCUUUGGACUUGUAUUCGGAGUUUGGAAUGGCAAGUUAUCAGUUCCAGAAACAGCACUUUAUGUUAGCCUGGGCCAUACAGCUUGGGGAGCUGCCCUUGUUUGGAUUACACUAUCGUGCUGUUGGGGAUAUGCUUCUACCGUGAACAGAAUUUUAUCCUAUCGUGGGCUUUACCCUUUGAGCAGACUGUCUUACUGCGCGUAUUUACUUCAUCCAGUAGUUAUGAUGGUAACAUCGUUCCAGAUGGAAGCACCAAUGCAUUUACAACAUGUAAUGGUUGUAACUGUUUUCUUCGGGAACGCUGUUAUUUCAUUUAUCAUGUCUUAUUUUGUAUCUGUAAUUUUUGAAGCACCUGUGAUAAAGCUUUUAAAAAUAGCAUUUAGGAAAUAAG